GCCUGGAGCAGCUCUUAAGCUGUGCCCCACUACGCGUUUCUAGGCCAAUCAUGCGCGCAAUAAUGUACCUAAGAAGCCGAUCCUGAAGCGCGUCAUACCACCUGCGUUUUGCCUUCAGCGUGUCGCAAACUAACUUUCGUGCUGUCGCAUUUUUACAUCUUCCACGCCGACAACCAACCUUCAUUCCCCUGGACAUUAAAUACAUCCCACAAUUCAUCGCCAUCUCCAAUUGUUUCAUCUUCCCCAUUUUCCGACCAAGUUUCAUCAUGGCCGAGCCCACUGAGCAAACCGCACCCGUCGUUGACGAGGUCGCAAAGCCCGUUGUCGAGGAGACGAACCAGCCUGAGGUUGACGAAGCCAUCAAGCCCGCCGACAAGGACGACUCCGAAGCUGCGCCUUCGGCACCCGCUGCGCCCGAUGCCGUCGAAAAUGCUACCGAUAUAGAUGCCGCCGAUGACGAUGUCAAGUCCAGGAAAGUUACUCUCGCCGACCUCUGUGCUAAGGGCACUACCCUCUACGCCCAGAGGAGCUACGAGGAGGCCACCGAGAUCUUCUCCCGGGCCAGUGUCCUGCAAGCCGAGAUUAACGGCGAAACCGCACCCGAGAAUGCUGAGAUCCUCUUCCACUACGGCCGCAGCCUGUUCAGGGUCGGCCAGAGCAAGAGCGACGUCCUCGGUGGCCCCGCCGCCUCCGACAACAAGAAGAAGGCCAAUGGCGACUCAAAGCCCAAGAAGCCCGAGGCUGCAAAGGCAAAGCAGGAUGGCGCUGCCGAGGACAAGGAAGAGGCGCCCAAGAGCGAUGUCGAUGCUAAGAAGCCAUUGUUCCAGUUUACCGGCGAUGAGAACUUUGACGAAUCGGACGAGGAUGAGGGUGCCGAUGGCGACGAAGAAGAGGAAGAGGAUGACGACUUGGCUACUGCAUUCGAGAUCCUUGACCUUGCUCGUGUGUGCUACCUGAAGCGCCUUGAGCAGCUGGACCAGGAAGAGCAGGCCGACAAGGGCAAGGAGGUUUCCGAGGGUGAUUCCCCCACCGCCAAGCACAUCAAGGAACGUCUUGCAGACACUCACGAUGCGCUUUCCGAGAUUUCCCUCGAGAACGAACGAUACCCCAACGCUAUCGAGGAUGGCCGCAUAUCCCUCAAGUACAAGCUGGAGCUCUACCCAGAAGAGUCAGAGAUCAUUGCCGAAGCGCACUUUAAGCUCUCACUGGCCCUUGAGUUCGCCUCCGUCACCACAGCCGGCGACGACGGCUCCAAUGCGAAGCGCGAGGAGAUGGAUCAGAGCCUCCGUGAUGAGGCCGUCACGGAGAUGGAGCUUGCUAUCAAGAGCUCUAAGCUCAAGCUGCAGAACAAGGAGGUCGAGCUCGCAACUAUGGCAUCCCCCGAGGACAAUGAGUUUGCCCGCAAGUCUAUCCUUGAGAUGAAGGAAGUUAUCGGUGAUAUGGAGCAGCGUCUCGUUGACUUGCGCAACGACCCCAUUGACACUAAGGGUCUCUUGGGUGAUGAUGCCAACCCCCUCGGAGGCAUCUUCGGUGCCGCGGUCGGCCAGUCUGCUACCGAGACCAAGGCCCGCGUCGAGGAGGCCAAGAAGACUGCUACUGACCUGUCAGGCCUCGUCCGCAAGAAGAACAAGGAAGGCACCCCUGUACCGGCCCCGGCUGCCGCGGGGUCGGAAACCAACGGCAAGCGCAAAGCUGAGGAUUCUGCCGAGGACUCCGCAGCCAAGAAGACCAAGGUUGAGGCAUGAAAUGCUCAGCCAGAACAAAACGAGAGAGCACAAGAAACCCGAUGCAAUGGUGUGUGCAGCCGGCAGAUGGCUAGUUGAAUCUUUUGCUGAAAAUCGGAGUUGGGAGCCUUUGAAAGAUGAUUAAACGGAUGGGAUGACACGGGAUGGGAUGGGAUGGGAUGCAAAGCCGAAGCCGUGGCCGGGCGAUGUGCUUGGGGUGAUGCUGUACGAGGUCGAGGAAAAGGGACUUGAUAUCGCGAGUCAC